AGUAAAGCAAAUAAUCCUUUAUGGAAAAGAGCAAAUGGAUUUAAACCAGGAAAGCAGGAAAGUGUAGACUCGAUGGACCAUCUAUCAAUUUUUCCUGAAAGACAGACAGGAUCAUUAAACAUGUCAUAAUGUUGGGAGGGAACUGCUUUAACGAGUCGCACACCAUGCAGAAGAUGCAUGUCCCGUCCCAUCCCGCCCCGUCCGUGUCUCCGGGCCUGCGACGCAAGCAGCUGAUGUGGAAGAACGCCGUCAAGCACAUCAUCAGCCACCAUGAGCUGAAGGAGCAGUACGGAGCCGAGCCAGCACACAAGAUUUACGUCACCGACGUGUACAUUGAGGAAAUCAACCGACAGAUACGCAGCAAGACGUCACGUGGCUGCACCAAACGCCGUUCCUCGGUCGUACGUGUUCAUCCGGCCUUCUUCAGGGAGCAGAACUGUUCCAGCAGCACGCAGGCUGGUGUGACUGCAGAGUUCGCCAGUGAUGCUGAUUUUUUCGUGCGCUGGGGACACACGUUACAUGGAGUCUACGUCCCAACUCUGAGACACACCUUCAAAUCUCGUGACCUGGAGAAGCUCUACCAGAGGCACGCGUCACACACCAGACGCACCUCUCUGGUGGCCACAAACAUUAUAGACGCUGCUGCAAAGCUACACCUGCUGGUCCUGUACCUGGUCCUAGCACCAGAUGGAACAGAUCCACUGCAUGCCUGGAUUACUAGCUUUUUCAUGGUAUUCGCAGUAUUGCUUUGUCUUCUAGUGUUCACCUGCAGGCGCUCUGAUUUUCCAGAGUGGUUGCAUUAUGCCGGCAUGGCCAGCUGGCUCUCACAGACUGCCCAGGUGCUGGUUAGGCUUGGGUACGGGCUAGAAAACGACCCAUCCUGGUAUGUACUUUUCACCCUGUUUGCCACGUAUACGCUUAUGCCGUUACCGCUGCUGUGGGCCAUGGGUGCUGGCUCACUAACGUCAACACUGCAUCUUAUUGUGGAGACAGUGCAGCAGUUCAAUGAAGUGGGACUGCUAAGAAAGAUUCUUGCUAAGGCCUUGCUUUAUGUGAGUAUGAACAUAGCAGGGCUGUACAUCCAUUAUCUGAUAGACCGGGCUCAGAGACAGGCUUUCCUCGAGACUCGGCGCUGCAUUGAAGGCCAGAUGAAGCUGGAGAUGGAAAACAAAAGACAGGAGCGCUUGGUGUUGUCUAUACUGCCUCGCUUCGUUGCGCUAGAGAUGAUUGCGGAUAUGACCUCCAUGGAUGAUGAACUGCUGCCUCAGCAGGUCCAUAAGGUCUACAUCCAUAAGUACACUGACGUCAGCAUCCUCUUUGCUGACAUCAAGGGAUUCACGCUGUUGUCCAUGACCAUGUCUGCACACGAGUUGGUACGCACCCUGAAUGAACUCUUUUGUCGUUUUGAUCGUCUGGCUGAGGAACACCACUGCAUGAGAAUCAAGAUCCUGGGCGACUGUUACUACUGUGUAUCCGGAGUCCCAGAGCCGCAGAGAGCUCAUGCUCGGUGCUGCGUAGAAAUGGGUCUGGCUAUGAUCAUUACCAUACGAAAUGUGCGAAAGCAGCUGAACCACGACAUGGACAUGCGGAUCGGGAUCCAUUCCGGCUCGGUUCUGUGUGGGGUUCUGGGCCUGCAGAAGUUGCAGUUCGAUGUGUGGUCCUGGGACGUUGGAGUAGCUAACAUGCUCGAAGCAGGCGGUAUCCCCGGCCGUAUCCACAUCUCUCGCGCCACGCUGGACUGCCUGGAGGGGAGCUACGAAACCGAGGAGGGCCGCGGUUACGAGCGCAACGAGUUUUUGCGCAAGCACAACAUCGACACUUUCCUCAUCUGCCCCAAGGAAGAAGAAAACACUGUAGAGGCGGAACCUUCCAAAAUACGCAUGACCAUUCGUACCUCCAACACAGACAAUUUAUACGGCAGCGUCAGUAAUAUGAGCUGUAUCUUGGCGUCAAUCACAAUGGUGCAGCUGCCCAAUUCGAGGAACAGGUACUCCAGCAGCAAAGAGAUUAAUAAACGGAUAGAGCAUGCCAUUGACCUGCGCAGCACUGAGCGCAUGCAACAGGAACACAUCACGAGUUCCUCGCUGGUCUUCAAGGACGCACAUAUUGAGAAGAAGUUCUCCCAGAUGAGGGAUGAAACAUUUAAGACCAACCUGGUCUGCUCGUUCAUCAUGCUCCUCUUCAUCAUGGCAGUCCAGGCCCUUAUCCCUGCACCCAGACCAUAUCUCGUUGUGGUCCAGUUCUGUGUGGUACUGCUGGGAUAUCUGCUCUUGUUGGUGCUGGCUCUGGCUGAGGAGUUUAAACAUUUCCCUUCUGCACUUCAACGAUUCUGCUGCUGGAUUCACGAGAACAACUUGAUGCGCUCUCUGCUCACCGUCACUGCCAUAGCCUUGAACUUCGGCAUGGCUUCUGCUGACAUGAUGUGGUGUAACUUUAUGCACAAGGAUUUGGAAAGCACUAACGAGACCAGCCAAAGACCUCUGUCUGUCUGUACAUAUCCUGAGUUUUUCGUCCUGAGUGGCGUCGUCUCCAUGGUAACCUGUGCAGUCUUUAUAAGACUCAGCUCCCUUUUGAAACUUACCGUCCUGUUACUAGUGGUGAUCGUAUUUACAUACUUUGUAGAAGUGGCAUUUCAUACCCUGUAUGUCAGUGAACAGGAUCAGGAGCAGCUCUCCAGAUCUCACUACCUGAGAAGAAAAGGCAUCUCGGUUCUGUUAAUGGUAAUGUUUGUGAUAGCUGUGUUCUACAACGGGCGACAGUGGGAGGCAACAGCUAGACUGGACUUCCUGUGGCGUCUGCAGGCCCAACAGGAAGUGGAGGACAUGCGAGAGCUAAGAGAGCAUAACGAGUGUCUGCUGCAUAACAUUCUGCCCGCACAUGUCGCUCGCCAUUUUCUGGACAGGAAUAAAAAUGAUGAGGAGUUGUACGCGCAGUCGUACGACGAGGUCGGCGUGAUGUUUGCUACCAUUGCCGGCUUUAACGAGUACUACGAGCAGAAAGAGAUUAGACACGAGGGGGUGGAGUGUCUCAGACUCCUCAACGAGAUCAUUGCCGACUUUGAUGAGUUGUUAGACGAGACAUACUUUUUGGAUAUCGAGAAAAUCAAAACUAUCGGAAGUUGCUACAUGGCGGCAUCUGGUUUAUCACCUGAUAAACAGACUCAUGGUGGCAGCGACUGGCAUCACCUGAGCGAACUGGUGCUUUUUGCGUUGGCUAUGGAAGAGACCUUGAGCGCGAUCAACAAACACACCUCUAACAACUUUCAGCUCCGUGUCGGAAUCGCACACGGGCCGGUCGUCGCCGGGGUGAUCGGCGCUGCUAAACCGCAGUACGAUAUCUGGGGGAUGACGGUAAACCUGGCGAGCCGCAUGGACAGCACGGGCAUCAGCGGGAGGAUCCAGGUCCCCGAGCCCACCAAGAGGAUUCUGUCAGACUGGGGAUUUGUGCUGGAGCUGCGUGGAGAGAUCUUCAUCAAGGGCGUGAGUGAGCGCCAGGGACGCUUACAAACCUACUUUAUCAACAACGGCAGGGCGUACCGUACUGUCAACAUAGCCACGAAAGAAGAAAGGACAUCUGCACGCAGCACAGGGAGGAACACGCUGGCUUCGGUGGUGUUCAAUCUCCUUCGGGCCAUCCAAAAGGAGAAGCAAAGCAGCACCGCUGGACGGUUCUCCCUGUCCACCAACAGCAUGCAGUGUUAAUGUUAAUAGAAAUAUUAA